AUGCUGAAGGCUGCACAGACUGUGUGCCCUGAUAAGCGUCAGGCUUUUGCAAAUAUCAGCCUGACAAGAAACACAGUUGCAGACAGGAUUUCUGAUCUUGCGGAGGAUUUGGACAGCCAAUUGAAGCGCAAAGUAAAGUCAUUUAUUGUGUUUUCAGUUGCAAUCGAUGAAAGCACGGACAUUACAGAUGUUGCGCAACUGGCGAUAUUCAUCCGCGGAGUUGAUGACACUUUGACCGUCACCGAGGAGUUCGUGGAGUUGGUGCCAAUGACGGACACCACAACAGCAGCUGAUAUUUUCACCGCCCUCGUCGGAGCGCUGGACAGGGCUGGAGUGGACUGGUCUCGCGCUGUCAGCCUGGCUACAGAUGGUGCACCUUCAAUGACCGGGAGAAAAGCAGGUGUUGGGACAAAAUUCAGAGAGAAGGUGCAGGCUGCAAAUGGAGGACAUGAUUUUUGGACUUUUCAUUGUAUUUUGCAUCAGGAGGCAUUGUGUUGCAAGUCAUUGAAGAUGAAUAAUGUCAUGGAGUUGGUCGUCCGAACUGUAAAUUUCAUCCGAUCUAGAGGCCUGAAUCAUCGUCAGUUUGACAGCCUUCUCAGAGAGAAAGACCACAACUAUGGCCUGCCAUACCACACUGAGCUGUCAUUGUGGGAGACACAACUCGCGGGUGUGAUGCUGCUCAUUGUCCUUGUCUGA